AUGAGCCGAAUUUGCAAAUCUAUGGCCCUUCGACGAGCAUUUUUGACAAACCAGAAUGUGGCGUUAGGAAAAGUGGAUGUCGCCAUUACGGCUGCUGCUGCUGCUUCUAGUUGGAAUAUUAAUACUAGCAUGCAAGCCGAACCAAUGCCUAAAUUUCAGGCGGUCCAAAUACGCCAUUUCGAUGCUCGAAAGAAACGCAAACGUAGUAAAAAAAGAAGAAAAGAUCCCUUCAAGGUUUUGGGCAUUCCAGAAGCCUCACUCUACAAACAUGCCAAGAAAAAGUUUCUAAUGAUUGCUAUGGAGAAUCACCCCGAUACGCACGGUCAAGAAAUGACAGAAGAGGAAAAGGACAAAAUGAGAGACGUCUUUAUCAAUGCGAGGAUUGCCUUUGAAUCCUUGGUGGAAGAUACAGAUGGAACGGCAAUCCUGAUUGAGGAUGCCGAAGAUGCCAUGGAUAAUUUUGAUUCCUGGUUCAAGAAUGAAACUGGACUGAAAACUCCAUUUCAAUUAGAUAUCGAUCCGGAAACCAUGAAAGAAGUUGCCAAAAUGACAGAUGAAAUUGGUGGUGACAGUGGACUGGAUAGAGAUGGAGGAAUGUGGGCGUUGGCUAGGAUGGUGACAUCCACAGUGAAAUCAGGUGGAGAUGCUGCGACUCUUUUGCGAUUGGAAGCAGGAGAUGAUCAAGGUCGAAGCGUCGACGGUGAACUGAGACGACGAAGAAAGAAACGAUAG